AUGGUGAAACUGAGGACUGACAUUCAAAAUGAUUUGGAUGAACUCACGCAGAAAAAAGAAGACUUUGACAAGCACAUCAAUGCGACAAUGACGCAACACCCAACUGUCUUAUUCCGAGCGAGGAACGUGGCUGAUUACACUCUGUCCACCACAGACCAGACAGUCAUCUUCAACGAGGUGCUCUACAAUGAUGGCGCUGGCUACAACUCGGCAACCGGGACAUUUACAGCACCAGUCAAGGGGACGUACCUUUUCACUGUCAACCUGUGUCAAGCUAAUAGUAAAAGUAUUUUUUACGCAAUUAUGAUCAAGGAAGAUGUUGUAGCUAACGGACAUACAUACAGUGUUCCAGGAUUUCUCUGUGUUUCCGGUGACGCUAUCGUCCAGCUUGAUGCCAAUGACGUCGUCUACGUCAAAUCCAUGUACACUUCCGACGUACUUUUGGAAAGUGGAUUGUUGAAUUCGUUUGAUCCUAAAGCUAAUUCAUUUUCCGGUGUUCUUCUUAACUAA